GAUGAUGACAGAAGUUUUCGGUUUAAUGUGGCUACUUUUGUCAUGCAAUCUCCGAUUUGAGCAGCUUGGCAUUUCUCUGAACGCUGUCGAGACUUUUGACGCUAAACUAUCGUGCGUUUUAUUGAAAUAAACUCCCCGAGACGGUGACGGGCUGCUGUGCCAACUGGGAACUUUUGUGUUACUGGACGAGCGACCCUUUGGCUCUUAUUUGACCGGCCAGGAGCGCAGGAUAAAGCCCGCAGGGCUGACCGAGCCGCCGCUAUGGGAAACCGGGGGAUGGAAGACCUGAUUCCCCUCAUCAACAAGCUCCAAGACGCCUUCAGCUCCAUCGGCCAAAGCUGCAACUUGGACCUGCCGCAGAUAGCGGUCGUCGGCGGCCAGAGCGCAGGGAAGAGCUCCGUGUUGGAGAAUUUCGUCGGGAGGGACUUCUUGCCGAGAGGAUCUGGCAUCGUCACCCGUCGUCCUCUCAUCCUCCAGCUGGUUAACAACAAAGCAGAGUAUGCAGAGUUUCUGCACUGUAAGGGACGUAAGUUUGUCGACUUUGAUGAAGUGCGUCUGGAGAUUGAAGCAGAGACCGACCGAAUCACUGGAUCCAACAAAGGCAUCUCUUCCAUCCCCAUCAACCUCCGCGUCUACUCCCCCAAUGUGUUGAACCUGACCCUCAUUGACCUGCCGGGGAUGACCAAAGUGGCCGUGGGCGACCAGCCUCACGACAUCGAGCAUCAGAUCAGAGACAUGCUGAUGCAAUUCAUCACCAAGGAGAGCUGUUUGAUUCUGGCCGUUACCCCAGCAAACACUGACCUGGCCAACUCCGACGCUCUGAAGAUCGCCAAGGAGGUCGACCCUCAGGGCCUGAGGACCAUCGGUGUGAUCACAAAGCUGGACCUGAUGGAUGAGGGGACGGACGCACGAGACAUCCUGGAAAACAAACUGCUGCCACUCCGUAGAGGUUAUAUUGGGGUGGUGAACCGCAGUCAAAAGGACAUUGAUGGAAAGAAAGACAUUCGCGCUGCUUUGGCUGCUGAGAGGAAGUUCUUCCUGUCCCAUCCCGGGUACCGACACAUUGCAGAGCGUAUGGGAACACCUCACCUGCAGAAGACUCUGAACCAGCAACUCACCAACCACAUCCGCGACACGUUGCCAGGGUUACGCAGUAAGCUGCAAAGCCAACUCUUAUCUCUGGAGAAGGAAGUGGAGGAGUACAAGAACUUCCGUCCAGACGAUCCUGCACGCAAGACCAAGGCCUUGCUUCAGAUGGUGCAGCAGUUUGGUGUGGACUUUGAGAAGUGCAUAGAAGGAUCUGGAGAUCAAGUGGAUACCUCCAACUUGUCUGGUGGAGCAAAGAUCAACCGCAUCUUCCACGAACGCUUCCCCUUCGAGCUGGUGAAGAUGGAGUUUGAUGAGAAGGAACUGAGGAAAGAGAUCAGUUAUGCCAUCAAGAACAUCCACGGAGUCAGGACAGGCCUGUUCACCCCAGACCUGGCGUUUGAGGCCAUAGUGAAAAAGCAGAUCAUUAAGCUGAAAGAGCCCUGUCUGAAAUGCAUCGACCUGGUCAUCCAGGAGCUCAUCAACACAGUCAGACAGUGCACCAAUAAGCUGGGCUCGUACCCUCGACUGAGAGAAGAAACCGAGAGGAUCGUCACCACCUACGUCAGAGAGAGAGACAGUAAGACCAAAGACCAGGUGCUGCUGCUGAUCGACAUCGAGCUCUCCUACAUCAACACCAACCACGAGGAUUUUAUUGGAUUUGCCAAUGCCCAGCAAAGGACUGCUGCUAAUAUCACCAAGAAGAGAGUGAUGCCCAAUCAGGUCAUCCGCAGAGGCUGGCUCACCAUCAACAUCAGCAUCAUGAAGGGAGGGUCCAAGGACUACUGGUUUGUCCUGACAGCCGAGUCUCUCUCCUGGUACAAAGAUGAGGAGGAGAAAGAAAAGAAGUACAUGCUGCCUCUUGACAACCUGAAGCUGAGAGACGUGGAAAAGGGCUUCAUGUCCAGCAAACACGUCUUUGCCAUCUUCAAUACUGAACAGAGGAACGUGUACAAAGACCUGCGUCAGAUCGAACUGGCAUGCGACACUCAGGAGGAUGUUGACAGCUGGAAGGCCUCCUUCCUCAGGGCUGGUGUUUACCCAGAGAAAGACCAGAACAACAAUCCUGAGAACGAAGACACGAUAAACUCUAGCGACACCGUGUCCAUGGACCCGCAGCUGGAGCGACAGGUGGAAACCAUCCGAAACCUCGUGGACUCCUACAUCGGCAUCGUCAACAAGUCCAUCAGAGACCUCAUGCCUAAGACCAUCAUGCACCUCAUGAUCAACAGCGCGAAGGACUUCAUCCACUCGGAGCUGCUGGCCUACCUGUACUCGGCCGGGGAUCAGGGCAGUCUGAUGGAGGAGUCGGCGGAGCAGGCUCAGAGGAGAGAUGAGAUGCUGAGGAUGUAUCACGCUCUGAAAGAGGCCCUGGUCAUCAUCGGAGACAUCAGCACCACCACCGUGUCUGUUCCGGUGCCUCCGCCAGUGGACGAUAACUGGAUUGCCAAAGACCCGAGUCCUCCCCCGGCGUCCCGUCCCGCCUCAUCAACGGCUCCCCCUCCCAGCCGACCCCCAGCAGUGAGAGGUCCCACGCCGGGUCCUCCGCCUCCUCUCAACCCCUCGCCGGCGUUCGGAGCACCGCCCGUGCCGUCCCGACCCGGACCUCCCUCGGCGUACCCAGGCGACCCCAACUCCGCCGCCGUGCCUCUCAUCCCGUCCAGGCCGGCCCGUGUGCCUCCAGCGCUGCCUCCGGGGAUUCCCAGCAGAAGACCCCCGGCUGCUCCCAACCGACCCACUGUCAUACGUCCGUCAGAGCCCUCCCUGCUUGACUAGAAACACCUUGUUUUGUUUUGUUUUUUUGUAAUCUAGUCAUACAGACUUUGUUUACACUUCUUGCAUUUCUUUCAAGCAGAAAUAGUCACUAAAAUUCAUUUCCUGUAACUACAGACUACUGUAAUUGGUGAUCUGAUGCUGUUUCAGUCUGUGCAUUUCAGAAGCAUUUUGUAUGUAAUUGUGACUUUAUGUGUAGAUAGCUUUUUUUUUUUGUUAACAAGUACACAAUGACAUUUUCUGCUUGCAGUAUUAUGAUUUUUUUUUUAAAAAAAAGGGAUACAUUUGAUAAUUUUCGUGACUUAAAGGUUAUGAACCGGCGAGUCCUCUUGAAUUCUGCCUGUUUCGUAUGAAGUGUCUUACGAUAGUAUAUGAUUCGUUUUAUAUGACGGCAAAGAAAAAACUUUUAGGAGUCAUUUUUCCGAGUUGUAAACUUGCUAAUGUUUUGUCAGUAAUUUUACACACUAAGCACCUCAAUGAGUCAGCAGCACUUUUUGAUAAAGUCAUUUUUCUCUUAAUUUGUCACAGCUUCAGGUAGGCUUAUUAAAAUUAGACUGACCAAUGGAAUUUGUACGCUUCCGUAUUCUAAUUACUAAUGUUUUUAUCAAGUGUACUCUAGUUUAGUUUAGUAUUUCUCUUUUGUGGACCAAGCAAACAUGAGACAGAGGAGGAGGAAGGUUUUUUUUUGGGGGGGGGGGGAACGCUGCAGCAGUGGGAUGUCUUCUGGUGUAAUGCUGAUAAUUAUACAGCAGUAGAGGUAAGAAUUACCUUUCCCGGUUAAACAUCCUCUGACAGUUACCUCCCACAAACUGCUCAUCCUCGGUGAAUAAAAGUGCCUCCAGCGAAUAAUUCCUUUGUGAUUACUACAGAAAUCAAAGCCAUAAUGGAAAAAAAGCAUGUUAAGAAAGAGGGCCUUUGCUUUCGUGAAGUGAUGGACUGAAUAAAUGAAUGGGGGGAAAAAAAUAAAUAAAAAAGAAGGUGUGGUGGCUGGUGCGUCUUCUUGCUGCUCGGCA